AUGAUACAUCUAGAGGACUAUUGGGAUGAUGAAACGCCUGGGCCCGAUAGAGAACCAUCUACCGAAUUGAGGAAUGAAGUGGAGGAAACCAUCACUUUGAUGGAACUGUUAAAAGUAUCGGAGCUGAAGGAAAUUUGCAGGUCUUUAUCUUUCCCCGUCUCUGGUCGGAAGGCGGUCCUACAGGACCUCAUCAGGAAUUUUCUGCAGAAUGCUAUUGUGGUGGGCAAGUCAGAUCCUUAUAGAGUCCAAGCCGUUAAAUUUCUGAUAGAGCGGAUCAGGAAGAAUGAGCCUUUGCCUGUUUACAAAGAUCUUUGGGACGCCUUAAGGAAGGGUACUCCAUUGAAUGCUAUCAUGGUUCGUUCCAUGGAGGGACCUUCUACGGCGCAGCAGCAAUCGCCUUCCGUUAUUAGACAGUCUCCCACACAUCGGCGAAGAACGUCUAGUACUGCUAGCACGUCUCGCGCGCAGCCUGCAAACCCAGACGCUGCUUCUUCUUCUUCUCCCGUGCUACCGACAAUCCAUUUCAAAGAAUCGCCUUUUUACAAGAUACAAAGGCUAAUUCGUGAAUUGGUAAUGAAAGUGGAAAUCACAGGUGGUAGAGGUAUGUGUUCUGCGAAAUUUAAGCUGUCCAAGGCGGAUCAUGAUCUGAUGAUCAAGCCAAAUAGCAAACAUAGACUGUAUUUAUUCUCUGGGAUGAUAAAUCCACUGGGGUCCCGAGGUAAUGAACCUAUCCAGUUCCCCUUCCCCAAUGAACUAAGAUGCAAUAACGUUCAGAUCAAAGAUAACAUAAGAGGUUUCAAGAGUAAACCAGGCACAGCCAAGCCAGCGGAUUUGACUCCUUUUCUCAAGCCAUACACUCAGCAAAACAACGUGGAGCUUAUCUAUGCCUUCACCACGAGAGAAUACAUGCUGUUUGGGUAUAUCGUGGAAAUGAUCAGCCCGGAGCAACUGUUGGAAAAAGUUUUAAAACAUCCAAAAAUUAUCAAACAAGCUACAUUGCUUUAUUUGAAGAGAACAUUCAAAGAGGAUGAAGAAAUGGGGCUGACGACCACAUCCACAAUCAUGAGUCUGCAAUGUCCAAUUUCCUACACGAGAAUGAAAUAUCCUUCAAAAUCAAUAAAUUGUAAGCACUUGCAAUGCUUUGAUGCAUUGUGGUUCCUGCACUCUCAACUACAAAUUCCCACGUGGCAGUGUCCGGUUUGCCAGAUUGGCAUAGCUUUGGAAAACUUGGCGAUAUCUGAAUUUGUUGAUGACAUUCUACGGAAUUGUGAAGAAAAUGUUGAACAAGUAGAACUCACUUCUGAUGGCAAGUGGACCGCCAUUUUGGAGGAUGAUGAUGAUGACGACAGUGACGGUGAUGGUGGCGAUAGAGAAAACGAAAGCUCGAAAGAUGAUAAUUCCGUAUCAAACCGUCCUUCUGUUUUUUCACAUUCUAAUGAACCGAUUGUCAUAAAUCUUGACAGUGAUGAUGAUGAACUCAAUGAAAGCAACACUUAUGUGACUAAUAACCAUGAAACUAGCAACAGUUGUAGUAAUAAUAAUGACAAUAAUAAAAAUAAAAAUAAAAAUAAAAAUAUUAAUAAUAAUAGUAUUAAAAAUAAUAAUAGUAAUAAUGAUGAAAGUAAUGCCAAUAAUAAUCACAAUAAAAAUACCAAUAAUAAUAACGACGACAAAAAUGAUAGUGAUAACGACGAUGAUGAUCGACUUAUAGCGGAGAUAGCCAAUAAUCGCGCCAAAAACGACAAUACAAAUACACCAGCCGAUAAAAGUGCAAGUAUACCGUCGAAAACUCUGGAUCCAAAAAGUUACACUAAUGUUUCGGAAACGACAACCCCAAUAUCGAACAGCAUUAUCACUGAAUAUCCGGGACACAGUUCCAGUUACGUUGGUAGACAAUUGCCGAAUAUUCUGGAAAAGACACCUUUGAAUAUAUCCAGGCUUGGCAAUUCCUCACACUUAAUCUCUCCGAGUGUUACAUUAUCAUCUCCGACUCCAAGAAAAACCGCUACAAACGUUAACUCCAGUGCCCUUGACACACCUCCAGUAAUAAGAAUGAGUUCCUUGGAUCCCGGUGGAUCUAGCGCGGCUAAUCAGACGACCACAAGGCCUUUUAUGAAUAUAAACAAUUGUAUCACGUCUACUACAGAUCAGUUCAUUCAUCCUCAAGAAUCUUCGGUUUUUCCGGUUUUCCCACCACGUGAACAAGACAGAGAUACGUCGUUUUCUUCUGGUGUAGCUUCAGAAUUCAACGUUGCACGUUCAAAUGUUGUUGGUCCAACGGUACGCGGUGCAACCGUUUUUUCCAAUAGUGCGUCGAAUAAAAGAAAUACCUCGUUACCAAUGGCGGAGCCAGCUGCAAUAAAUGAAAAGCGACAGCUCUCGAUGCCAAUACUUCCUACAUUGCCCCCCAACAUUCCAAUUCGGGCGAACUCAAACAAAUCUGUACCUCCUCUGUUGAACAAUGAAAACACCUUUUCACGUCCCAACCCUCUCAUAGGUACAACUGUGCCAUUGCAAAGGUCUAAACCCAUAGUGAAUCCGUUCAUUCCGAGAAGGCAGUAUUCUAAUGUAUUGCCACAAAAAAGACAGCUCUCUAAUACGUCUACAACACCUAGUGGGCCCAUAAUGGGAACAUGGAACGCCCAAGAUUAUGGAAAUAGUUCUAACGAUGGUUAG